AUGUGGCUCUUCCGGGUUCUCUCGUCCGCUUUUUUCUUGUUCGUGACUGUCUCUUCCAUCCCCCUGGCCUUCGAUGUAGGCGGAAAGACAUGCGGUCUGGCCUUUUCUUUAUCUCUAGCCAUCUUCUAUUUCCUAUUUUCCCUUCUGAGACUCACCACCCCCGAACGCUCAUGGCUACGUGCCUCUUUGAUCACUGUUAUUCGAUCAACUCAAUGGAUCAUAAUUCCGGUCUUGCUGAUUUGGUCGCUGAACCGCUUUUCGAUCGAUACAGAUAACACAACUGGAUGGGCGGAACGGACUUUUACCGGGAAACGAGCGCAGGACACGUCCGUUCAAGAAUGGCUCCUUGGACCUGGUGGAUUGGUGGAGUCGGUAACUAUAGGAAACUGGGAUAAACUGUUGCGAUGGUCGACGCCAGUCUUCCAGCUGGUGGAAGGGUUUUGCAGUUUGUUGGUGAUACAGGCUGCAGGGCAGAUCACUCGAUGGCUUGUUAACCGAGGUGGUCGCAGUGAUAGCUGGAUGAUCGGCCUUCUGGUGUUCUCCGGGUCCGCAAUCUCGAGCGCAGUAUACUUUCUCUGGCGCGUUUUGCAGUUCCCUGAGAUCUCUAAUGUAGAUGCUGCCUUGAUUGGGGUAUCUAUCACAUGUGCGGUGAUCUUGUGCGCGUGGGGGAUCGGUAGUGGCCGUGGGAAUCCAGUGGAGAGCUCUCUUCUGUUCGCAUAUAUCGUGCUGUGUAUCUAUCAGAUAUUCACAGAUUACCAACCUUCCUACCCUGUUGAACAGGCUCCCUCUCCCGCGCAAGCUGGGGACUUUCCCCCACUACCGCCGAUCUUCAUGGCCUCCUACACCACUCUGCUGCACGCCCUGUCUCUUUUGCCCUCCAUUAUCCAUGCAGCUUUCAAUGUGAUCUCUGCGGUCUUUGGGGCCGUCACCCCCUCCGUCCUAAUCUCACUCGCAUACCGUAUCUGUGUGCUGUAUGCAUCCACUCGGAUCAUCCCUGCUGUCCGUGAAUCAGGUGCACGGGCUCUCUCGCAGGAAGCCUCUUUGGAUGAUUCUGAUGCCGCUGGCCAGUUCCUGGGUCUCCUCAGCUACUUUUCUCCAUCAAUCCUGAUUGCGGUUUAUACCAGUCUCUUAAUGCAACACUUCGCCUCUACUUCUCAGGCGAUGGGCGGUAAUGGAGAGUGGUGGAGCAGCCAAAGGGGCGGCGGCGGCAAUCUUUGGCGAUGGGUCAACUUAGCCUGCACCAUGGCUUUGUACGCUGUGGAGCUAUGGCUUGGCGAAAACGAUGAUUUGGAUUCGGGAUUAGCUAGCCAUUGGAAGACCGACUGAGAACCAUGAUGGACCACUUGGUGGCACUAUGCCCAUUUCAUACGCGAGACAGUGCAACCUGGCUUCGACGCGUCGGUGCAGGGGACUUAUCCCGUCAAUUACACUUUCUGAUAUCAAGCUAAUAUCGAGAGUUUCUUUUGGGCUCCGACUGUCAGCUUGGAUGCCUAUUGAAGGAAAUGGCAGGGCCAUUGUGUGGCGUAAAUCUUGGAUAUUUCAAGACACUAAUCAGAGACGGACCAGCACUCUUCCGUUCGCGCCCGGACGACACGCCAUUGCCGCAGCUGAAACUCUUGCUUCAUCAAGGGCGCCUGAAUGCACGGCUCAUCACUCUCGCGUCGAGCCCUGUUGGAAUGCCUGACGAUGAUGCCUGAGAGUUCGGACGGUCGUGAUGCCCUGCAGGUGUCAAUAAUGCCUUUCAUAAAUCAAGUGUAAGACAAGAAUGUGUAUAUUCCCGCGGAGCCAUAGUCUGCAAGCAUAUAUGCUUCGAUAAGUCUGGAACAAUUUACACUAGAAGAUGACCGUCACGACGGAAUCGAAUCUGCCUUGUCUUUUCCAUGCACGUUGUCUCCCUGAACCAGUGACCCUCCUCUUUUCUUUUCUUGGUAUUAGCUAUACUUCUACUUCUUGACCUAUCUCACGUCCACAUCAUUGGCUAUCUUCCCUUUGCCCCUUCCUCUUGCG